GGCUGAGGCCAUUUGAUUAUAGUAUAAAACUUCUUGUUAUACACAUGUUGUAUGUAUGUGAUUGUUCUGUAUCGAAGUCAACGUUCAAUCAUCGUUGAACCUGCCUGUAAUAAAGUUACCCAGUUGUGUUCCAUAAUAAAUUAAAUUAAUACAUCCAGCAGUCUCGUUAUUUAAAAGAUAUAUUUAAAUACGGAAAUAAAACCGUUACAUGGUGUCAGGUGUUGUGAUUUUUCCGAUAAUUAUUCAAGGAUUAUAUAAAUAUGGAAGGAUUCAGAAUCCCACCUGCUAUGGAAUUUUCGGGAAACAUGGGACAAAAUUGGGCCACAUGGAUUCAAAAAUUCGAAUUAUAUAUGUUAGCUGCCGUGGAUACGAAUGCUUCUGAAGAAAAAAAGGUGGCAAUAUUCCUGAAUUUAAUCGGAGAUGCAGGUUUGGAAAUUUUUAAUACCUUGAAGUUAAAAAUUUCUUCUGCAAAACUGGAGGAUGUAAAGGCGGCAUUCAAGAAGUAUUGCGAACCAAAGAAGAAUGUGGUGUUCGACCGUUUUAAAUUUUUGAGCUGCACUCAGAAGGAUGGCCAGUCGAUAACGAGUUUCAUUACGGAAAUAAAAACUCUGGUGAAAAACUGCGAGUACACCAAUGAAGAUGAGAUGGUCAGGGACAAGAUCAUAAUGGGAAUGAAGGACGAUAACCUGCGAGAGAAGCUGCUGCAGAAUGAGAGCUUGUCACUGAAGAAAACUGAGGAAAUUUGCAACAUCAUGGAGAUUAGCCGGCAGCAAGCAAGUGUGAUCACUGGUAAUCAGCCAAAGCCGGAUUAUGCCGUUGAUGCUGUUACUCAGAAGAGAUUAAAUAAUUGGAUACUGGAGCAGAGUGUAAUGUACUUCCCACGAAGGUCUACUGUACAAAAAUUGGCUCACUGGAUGGAAUUGCCCCUGCUAACGUUAACUUGAUGGCAUUUGGAAGAAAAAUGGUGCAAGUAAGAGGAUUGGUAAGGUUGAGUUGUAUCAUUAGAGACAGAAAAUCAGAUUUAUCUUUUUAUAUUGUUGAUGGUGCAGAUAAACCAAUAUUGGGUUUGAAGGCUUGCUUAGAUUUUAACUUGAUUAAGCAUAUAAGUUCAUUAACAAAGACUAAUUUAAAAUCAAAAAAUGAUAUAGUAUUGGAAUAUAAUGGAGUUUUUAAUAAUUUAGGAUGUUUUCCUGGAAAACCUUGCAAAUUAAUUCUGGAUGAUAAAGCAAUUCCUGUUAUACACAGUUCUCGGAGAAUUCCACAAAAACUAAUGCCCAAAUUAAAAGAGUCAUUGGAUAAUUUAGAACAAAACGGUGUUAUAUGUCGGCAAAUCGAGCCAACUGAUUGGGUUAACAAUAUAGUUAUCACAGAAAAGAAAGACAAAAAUUUAAGGAUUUGCCUUGAUCCAUCCGAUUUGAAUAAAUGUUUGAAACGCGAGCAUUAUCAAAUUCCAUCUCCCGAUCAAAUAUUGGCUAGUUUGAAUAAUAAGAAAUAUUUUUCGGUAUUAGAUUUAAGAGAUUCUUUUUACCAAAUACCGUUAGAUGAAGAAUCGUCAAAAUUGUGUACGUUUGCUACUCCAUAUGGUAGAUAUAGGUUUCUUCGUUUGCCCUUCGGAAUAAAUACUUCCGCGGAAAUUUUCCAACGCAAGAAUGUUGAAAUAUUCGGUAAUGUUUUGGAUGAUGGUAUAUAUAUAGAUGAUUUAAUUAUCUCAGGUUCGACAGAAGAGGAGCAUGAUGAA